AUGAUCACUGAAUAUGAUCCACAUCAUGGUCAGAAUGACUCUCAACAACAGCAACAGCAACAACAACAGCGUGCAUCAACUCUUGAACAUGGUCGAGCUAUAAAAUUAAUGAGAAAUGGAGAUUCAUUUUUUCCUGGACGUUCAUUUGUUAUAAAUCAACGCAAAUAUCCAAUGCUCGAUGUUUUAUUAGACGAUGCAUCACAAGCAUUAAGAGCAAAUUUUGGUGCAGUAAGAUGUAUCUACACACCUAAAAGUGGUACGCGAUUACAUGAUAUAUCUGAGCUCGAAGACCAUCGAACUUAUGUUGCAUCUGGAGGUGAAAAAUUUAAAAAGCUUCAUUAUCUUGAUAUUGCAGAUGGUAAACGAGUUCAAAGUAAAGAACGAGGACAAUAUAGACUACCACCUGUUCGACGUUUUGACGUUGAAGGAAGAGCAUUAAAAUUAUCUCGAUCAGAAAAUGUUAUUAUUUAUGCCUACCGAAAUGGUGAUCCUUUAACAUUGCCAUCAAAAGUUCUUCUAGUUAAGCCAACAUUACAAAAUUGGGAAUCAGUUCUUGACGAAGUUACUAGAAAAGUAUCCCUAUCAUAUUCGGCUGUAUUGAAGUUGUAUGCAAUGAAUGGAGAAUUAAUAACAUCAGCUCAACAACUUGAAUUCAAUGGCAUGUACGUUGCAGCAGGAAAAGAACGUUUCAAACGUAUUGAAUAUCCCGAUCCAAAAUCCAUUAGUCCAAAUUCAUCACCAAAAAUGUCAAGAAAAUCUGAUCGUGCUCGAAUAAGAUUAUCUACCCGUCAAACGAGACUAGAAGAUUAUAAUGAUAAUCAUCCACCGCCAGACAUGCUUCAUUCCAUUCAACACAGAUAUACAAGAUCGGAUGGAACAAAUACACAUACAACAACAGCAAAUUCGCACGGAAGUGUUGAACAUGGUGGACAACGACGUCCUGUUCGAGAAGAAUAUGACUUUUUCAAUAAUAAACCUCAACAACAUCGACGUGGUCCGACUAAAGAAACAGAUCUUGAUCGAGAUGACGGAGGUAUUUAUAAAGGUCGUUUAAAUCAUCGUGAACAUGUACGUGAAAUUGAUGAAACACAUGAUACAAAAGUCGAUUUGCCUGUAGAUUAUCGAGAAGUUGAAACUGUUGAAGACGAGAAUUUAUUUGGCAAUGCAGGAAAAACACCACGUCGCCAUCAUCAACCGCCAAGUCAACCAAAGUCCAAUCGAAAUUUUACUGAUUCACCUCAACGUUCACCACCACCACCACUACUACCAUCACUACGAUCAGUAAAAACUCCACCAAAAACUUACGAAGAUCAUCAUGAUGAUGAUGACAAAAUUAACAAUAGAUUUGGAAUGAAUAAUGGCCAUCAUCAGAAGAAUAAUCAUCAUGAUAAUACAAAUGGUAAAGGUUUUGACGAUGAUUAUCAACGUCAUACACCACCGGCACCAUUACCAAUAGAUGAUGGAAUAAUCCAUGAUCAAAAUGAACAACAAAUGUCUCAUUCAACUCAUCACAAACCACUUGGCUCACCAAGUUCACAGCCUAACAGAGAUAAUGAGAAUCAUGCUGCAACUGUCAUUCAAUCACAUGUUCGUGGCUAUAUUUCACGUAAACAUAGUCAUAUUGAAAAGCAGCGAAAUACUGACAAAUUAAUCAAUAAUCAUGAUCAACAACAACGUGAGGCACAUAAGCACGAGGAAAAUAAAUUGAAUCAACAUUAUCACGAAUCACAACCAAAUGAGUCACUCGACAAUACGAUUGAGCCGUUAGCUGAUUUAACAGUUGAACGAGCCAUAAGAGAAGCUUUGUUAGUAGAAAGCAAAAAAGAAGAAACAAACGAAAAGCACCACGAUGAAAACGAUGAAAAUGUUAAAACUUAUACUUAA